CGGUUGAGGACGGUCUCUGCUGCCUUCUCGCUCUUCUGGAUAGAUUUUGGACUCGACAUUUCUAUGGUAACUGCGCUGUCUGGACCUCUGAGCUGCUGAGUGCGAGAAUGGAGCUGGACGAGAAAAACCCCGACCCGAAAUACGGUGAGUCCAGGAAGUUUGACCCGAGCUUCAAAGGGCCGCUUCAGAACAGGGGCUGCACAGACGUCCUCUGCUGUCUUCUCUUCAUCUUGGCGCUGCUGGGAUACUUUGCCGUCGGAAUCCUCGCCUGGUCCCAGGGGGACCCCAGGAAAGUCAUCUACCCCACAGACAGCAGGGGGCAGUUCUGUGGACAAGCUGGAACAGCUCUGGAGAAGAAGCCUCUGCUCUUUUAUUUCAAUAUCUUGAAAUGUGCCAGUCCGCUGGUCCUGCUGGAGUUCCAGUGUCCCACCACCCAGUUGUGUGUGGAGAGUUGUCCUAACAGGCAUCUCACAUUGACGAAAGCCAAGUCAGGUCCUAAGGAAGACCAAGAUUACUACAAACAGUUCUGUAAGGAAAAUACCAACUUCACAGAACUGAGCUCUCCUGUGCUCCUGAGCAGUGGUUUGUGUCCCUCCAUGCUGAUACCCAGUAAAGCCUUCACACGUCGCUGCCUUCCUGCUCUGGGGACCAUGAAAGAUGGCGUGGUCACCGUGGGCAACAUGACCACUUUGGAUGCUGAUGAUGGUCGCAGUGUCAAUGCGUCUGAACUGCUGGAGGCCACAAAGAAAUCGAACGUGGUUGUUGAAGCUCGCCAGGUGGCCAUGAGAAUCUUUGAGGACUACACUCAGUCUUGGUAUUGGAUAUUGCUUGGUCUGGUGAUAGCCAUGAUUGUCAGCUUGAUUUUCAUCAUCCUGCUGCGGUUCUUAGCAGGUAUCAUGGUCUGGAUCAUGAUCAUCCUGGUUAUCGCCGUUAUUGGAUACGGGAUUUUCCACUGCUACAUGGAGUUUGCCAGUCUGAAGGGGGAACCCGGAGCUGAUGUCACCAUUUAUGACCUGGGACUGCAGACGGACUUCGGGGUCUACCUGCAGAUCAGACAAACGUGGCUGGCCUUCAUGAUUAUUCUCGCUAUUGUGGAAGUCGUCAUCAUCCUCCUGCUCAUCUUCCUUAGGAAGAGAAUCCUCAUUGCCAUCGCGCUCAUCAAAGAGGCCAGCAGAGCUGUUGGCCACGUGAUCUCAUCGAUGUUCUACCCACUGCUGACCUUUGUCCUCCUGGCCGUGGUGAUCGCCUACUGGGCCGUCACUGCUGUUUUCUUAUCCACCUCGAACGAACAGGUGUACAAAGUGUUCAAUACCUCUGAAUGCGAGUAUGCACAGCAGACCUGUGACCCUAUGGCAUUCAACACCUCCAACAUUUCGGCUCAGUGUCCCGGCGCAGAGUGCCUGUUUGCCUUCUACGGCGGUGAGACGCUCUACCACAAGUACCUCAUCCUCUUCCAGUUCUACAAUGUCUUCCUGUUCUUCUGGUGUGCCAACUUUGUGACGGCCCUGGGCCAGGUCACUCUGGCAGGAGCCUUUGCCUCUUAUUACUGGGCCUUCAAAAAGCCAGAGGACAUCCCCUCCUACCCCAUUUUCUCCUCGCUGGGACGUGCGCUCAGAUACCACACGGGCUCUCUGGCUUUUGGUUCUCUGAUUCUGUCUCUGGUCCAGGUCAUCAGGGUCAUUCUGGAGUACCUGGAUCACAAGUUGAAAGGUGCUCAGAACAAGUUUGCUAAAUUCCUGCUAAGUUGCAUGAAGUGCUGCUUUUGGUGUCUGGAGAAAUGCAUCAAGUUCCUGAACAGGAAUGCAUACAUCAUGAUUGCGAUCUAUGGAAAGAGUUUCUGUCCAUCAGCGCGAGACGCUUUCUUCCUUCUAAUGAGGAACAUUAUCAGGGUGGCUGUUUUGGACAAAGUGACUGAUUUCCUGCUGUUUCUGGGAAAACUCCUCAUUGUUGGGAUUGUUGGGAUCUUUUCUUUUUUCUUCUUCUCUGGAAGAAUCAAAGCUGUUGAGGAUGCUGCACCGUCUCUCAACUACUAUUGGGUGCCAAUACUGACGGUGGUCGUGGGAUCCUACCUCAUUGCUCAUGGCUUCUUCAGCGUAUACGCCAUGUGUGUGGACACACUCUUCCUCUGCUUCUGCGAAGACUUGGAAAGAAACGACGGCUCGUCUGACAGACCCUACUUCAUGUCACCCGAGCUGCACGAGAUUCUCUCAAAACCAACGCCGGUGGAGGAAGAUCACGACGGCGUUGAGCCGGCAGACUCUGCAGCCAAAGUGGACGAGGUCAGAGUGGAGGAAGAAACUCCUCUUCAGCAAAAAGAUGGAGACGUCCAGCUGAAGCAGCAAGAUGUGCUGAAGCAGGACAACGAGGAGACGCGGCUUCUGCAGUCCAAGACGCACGACGAAGAAAACCAAAAGACUGAGGGUGAAAAAGUAGAACCCGAGGUGAAAGAAAAGCAAGAGGAGAAAGAGGAUAACAACGUCAAGGAGGCCACGCCUCCAAAUGUGGAGACUGAGAAAGAGGAGACGCCUGAAAAGAAAGAGGAAAGUGCUCCGUCUGCACCACAGGAGUAGAUUUAGAAAUUUAGAUUGAUUAUGAGUAAAAAAAACGAGGCCUGGUAAACCUCAUAAAGCAUCAAAUGCUUCUGGAUGAAGGUACCAUCAACUUUGUGAUUAUGGACCUCUUAAGUGUUUGGAUACAAGCUAAAAAUCAGUUUGCCUUCUUUUCUGAGCAGCGCGACCUCCAGCUGGACAAGCUGGAUGUUCUACACGUGAAGGCUGAAGCAGGCCCAAAGCUUUGGAGUUAUUGAGUGUCAGAAGUCGUGAACAAUAAAACCACAAAAUACGAGCGCACAGA